AUGCACACUCUCAUUCGGUCGAAAUCUGAUGCCAAAGCCAUAUAUUGCUCGUUCAUCUAUGCUGAAAAUAAGUAUCAACUUCGUAGGGAUUUAUGGGAUAACCUGAAUAGACAUAAGUUUUUUGUGGCUGAUAAGCCGUGGAUUGUGCUAGGUGACUUUAACUCGGCUUUCUCACAAGAUGAUUGUUUAGUUGGGUCGUCUAAUAUGUCGAUCGGAAUGCGCGAAUUUGCUCAUUGUGUUCAACAAAAUGAGUGGAUUGAUAUUAAAAGCCAUGGUAUGCAGUUUACUUGGAAUCAAAAACCGAAGAAUGGUGUAGGUAUUUUGAAGAAAAUUGACAGAGCCAUGGGCAAUUUACAAUUGCUAGAUGAUUAUCCGGAUGUGUUUGUCUUCUUUCACCCUUUUCGGGUAUCGGACCACACCCCGUGUAUUGUCAAGCUUCAGAUUCUCAAAAAUAAUAGCCAGAAACCAUUUAAAUUUGCGAAUUUUCUGGUUAAAAAAGAUGGUUUCUUGGAGAAGGUGGCUAGUGUUUGGUCAAAGCCGGUUCGUGGAGUUACGAUGUACUCAGUGGUGAAGAAAUUAGCGAGUUUAAAGUCUCCCAUGAGACGGCUCCUUUUCAUGCAAGGUAAUAUUCAUGAGCGCGUUAUUCUGUUAAGGAAAAAGCUAGAUGAGAUUCAGUUGGCUAUUGAUGCGAACCCACUAGAUGUAUCUCUUAGGGAAGCUGAAUCACUAUGUCUUCAUGAGUUCCAAUCGGUUUCGUAUGAUGAGGAAUGCUUCCUGAAACAGAAAUCUAAAGCAGAUUGGCUAGCCGCUGGUGACUCAAACACCAAGUUUUUUCAUAAUAGCGUCAAGAUGAGGAAUGCAUACAUGAAGAUUCAUAGCAUUCAUGAUAGCUCGGGUGAUUGUUUCUAUGGUGAUGACGUGUAUGGAGUAUUGGUGUCUCACUACUCUAAGUUCUUGGGUGUGCAGGAUCCGGUGGAUUCUUUACCAGGUAAUCUUAAUUUUCCGAAUGUUUUGGAUCCUAAUGUUGCGAGCAAUAUGGUUCGUCCAGUCACUGAGGAGGAGGUUAAAAAAGCAAUCUUUUCUAUUGGUGAGAACAAGGCACCAGGAACAAGUUAA